AUGCAUAUCUCAGCGAAGCUCCAGGCCGCCGCCAAGGAGAAGAAGUCAACCUACUCGUUCGAGUUCUUCCCUCCCAAGACGGCCCAGGGUGUUCAGAACCUCUACGAUCGCAUGGACCGUAUGCACAACUUCGGCCCUUCGUUCAUCGACAUCACAUGGGGAGCAGGUGGCCGACACGCCUCGCUUACCUGCGAGAUGGUCAAGGUCGCUCAAACCGUCUACGGUCUCGAGACCUGCAUGCACUUGACUUGCACCGAUAUGCCCAAGUCAAAGAUUGAUGAUGCAUUGAAGGAGGCCCAUGACGCAGGCUGCACAAACAUUCUCGCUCUACGUGGUGACCCUCCGCGUGAGAAGGAAAAGUGGGAGGCUACCAGUGGAGGCUUCAGAUAUGCCAAGGAUCUCGUUAAGUACAUCAAGGAGACCUACGGCGACCACUUCGACAUUGGUGUCGCUGGAUACCCAGAGGGUUGUGAUGACAACGACGAUCCCGAGGAGUUGAUCCAGCACCUGAAAGAGAAGGUCGAUCUUGGUGGUACCUUCAUCGUUACUCAGAUGUUCUACGACGCCGACAUUUUCCUCGACUGGGUUAAGAAGGUCAGAGCUGCUGGCAUUGACGUUCCCAUUGUUCCUGGCAUCAUGCCCAUCUCUACCCAUGCCGCCUUCCUACGCCGCGCCAACUGGUCCAACAUCCACGUCCCUCCUCACUGGCACGAGGCUCUCGAGCCUGUCAAGAACGACGAUGCUGCUGUAAGAGAUGUCGGUACUGGUCUCGUUGUCGAAUUGUGUCGCAAGCUGCUCGACAACGGCAUCAUGCAUUUGCACUUCUACACCAUGAACCUGGCUCAGUCAACUCGCAUGAUCUUGGAAGAGCUCAGCAUCACUCCUUCGCAAGAAACUCCCCUCGAGAAGNNCCCCCUUCCCUGGAGGCAGUCUCUUGGUCUCAACCGUCGCGACGAGAACGUCCGCCCCAUUUUCUGGCGCAACCGCAACCGUUCAUACAUUGCCCGCACUCAAGAUUGGGACGAGUUCCCUAACGGUAGAUGGGGUGACAGUAGAUCUCCUGCUUACGGAGAGCUCGACACGUAUGGUAUUGGUCUGAAGGGUACCAACGAGCAGAAUCGUAAGCUUUGNGGAGAGCCUAAAUCCUUCCGCGAUGUGGCCACUCUCUUCGCCAACUACAUGCAAGGCAAAGUCGAGUCUCUGCCUUGGAGUGAGAGUCCCAUCACUGACGAAGCCGAUGCCCUUCGCAUUGAUCUGAUCGAUCUCAACCAGCGUGGUCUCCUAACUAUCAACUCGCAACCCCCUGUCGAUGGUGCCAAGUCUACCCAUCCCGUCUACGGUUGGGGUCCUCGCAACGGUUACGUCUACCAGAAGGCCUACCUUGAAGUCUUGGUCUCCCCUGAGUUGAUUUCUGAGCUCAUCACACGCAUGGAGCGCAACCCCAACAUCACCUACUUCGCUGUGAACCAGCACGGUGACUUGAAGACCAACUCUCCUGAUGAAGGCCCCAACGCUGUCACUUGGGGUGUCUUCCCCGGCAAGGAGAUUGUGCAGCCCACCAUUGUAGAGACUGUAUCAUUCCUUGCCUGGAGAGAUGAGUUCUACCGCCUUGGACUUGACUGGUCUCGUUGCUACGAUGCCACUUCGCCUUCCCGCUACGUCAUUGAUGACCUGAUGCAGAACUGGUACCUCGUCAACAUCGUUAACAACGAUUUCCGUGAGCAGCGUGGUAUCUUCCCUCUCUUCGAGAAUCUCGAGGUUCCUGAGUUGGACAAGGAGGUCACCGCUCCCGAGGUCCCUCAGAAGGUCAACGGUACCAAUGGCGACAAGCACGACGAAGAAAAGAAGGAAGAGCCCAAGGUUGGCAACGGCGACGUCACCGACACUAAGAUUCCUGACAGCGUGCACAAGAAGCUCGAAACACAGAUCAAUGGUGCUGACGAGAAGCCCGACACCGAGCCCAAGGAUGCACCUGCUCACAACACCGGUGCAGGUCCUUCUACCGAUGCCUAA